CCGAGCUGUGGCCCUGCCUCCCCACGGCCCUGGCUCCCCGCAGGCGUGGAAAAUGGUACCUGUCGACCCCGGGCUGGAGGAGGAGCCCGCAGCCGCAGCCCCGACAUGGAGGAGCCCACGCCCGAGCCCGUCUUCGUGGACGUGGACAAAGGGCUGACCCUGGCCUGCUUCGUUUUCCUCUGCCUCUUCCUCGUGGUCAUGAUCAUUCGCUGCGCCAAGGUCAUCAUGGACCCGUACAGCGCUAUCCCCACGUCCACCUGGGAGGAGCAGCACCUGGAUGACUGAGGUGCGGCCGGGGGACCCCGAGUCCCCCGGCUGCCUUGUGUCCCCUGGCCGCCCGAGUACCCCGGCCACUCCUGAGUCCCCCGGCACUCCCAAGUCCCCUGGCCACUCCCGAGUCCCCUGGCCGUCCGAGUCCCCCGGCCACUCCCGAGUCCCCCCGCCACCCUGUGUCCCUGGCUGUCCGAGUCCCCCGGCCAACUCCCGAGUCCCCUGGCCGCCCCAUGUCCCCUGGCCGCCCGAGUCCCCCGGCUGCCCCGU